GGCAGGCAGCGCGCCGACUGGCGCCUAAUCCCGGCUUCCCUUGACUGAGCGCGGGAAGCAGUGGCGGUUAGGAGCAGCGGCAGCAGCACAGCGGCGGCGGCUCCGUUCGUGAGGGGACCCCCCCCUCCCCCGGUGUCACGGGCGUUGUGCUGCGUGAGCUGCUGGGCACGAUGGCUUUCCGCUGGCAUAAGGACCACUUGUGGCUCUACUUGCUGGCCCUGGGCUUCAAACGUCCUCCCCACGUCGAAGUGGGGCGGAACAUGUUUGAUAGGCCGAACAGGCAGGCUUUUCACCACGUCGUCCUCUUCUUAUUUACUAAGCUGGACAAGGCCCGCACACAUGGAACUUUCAGAGAGUGUGUUCGUGUAGGCCACUGCAUCACAGAUAUUCGAUUCAGGAAGCAGUGUGUGGCAUGGCUAAAAGAGAUCAUAUAUAAAGAAGGCGUCCGUAUAACAGUCACGGAGUCUUUGCUUGUGGCUCCUGGAGGUCCUAAAAUUAUUCACCUGCUCUAUCUGCUUGCAAGACAUGUAAUGCUUGAGGACAUAAAAAGGAACUGCAGAGGCAAUGACAUACCUUUUGCAGAAGCUUUACAGUUGGUACCGAAGGACAUGUCCAUGGCAAAGGCAAGGCACAGAGUUGCAUACCAUAAGCUUCUGCAGAUUCUUCAGAAGGUACCUUUUGUUAUUCAAGAAUAUGAGAAGAAAGGACAGCUUUUAGUUAAAGAAAUAAAACAGACAAUGCAUGAAUAUGCACUCCUGCAGAUACAGUCUGAGAAGAUGAAGCAAAAUGACCAAAACAGAAAUGACCUAACUGAAAAAAUUCAAAAGGUCCGCAGCAUGUGGGCACUUAUAAUGGAAACGUUUACGUCUCUGAGAAAGGAAAAGGAAGUUGUGGAUUCUGUACUAAAAGAUUCUGGUGGUCAGUGCAUUUUGGAUGGAGCUAAUGUUAAUAUCAGGGUUCCACGACUGUUGGCUCACAGAGUUGAAAACGACAAGUACCAACGUUGUACAGGAAAUGUAUUUAAAGGUGUAAAACUGAAUUUCUUGGUAGUCAUUCAGUUACUAAAUGAAACCCUGAGAACACUGAAAGAUGAACAGUGUCCGUGCCAACCUGAAUUUAACCUUGAGGACAUUGAGUACAGGAUUACACUCUGCAAGAGACAACUACGGGCUUUGCAAGCAAUGAGGCUAAAGACAGAGAGAGAGCAUCGUGUGUCAGCGAGUGAAUCUAUUUCUGUAAAUGAGAAAAACUGGGAAGAGAAGUGGAAAAGCUUUCUUGGCGUGUCUCCUUUGAAUUUAAUCUUAAAUCAGAAUCCUGAACUUGAUUGGGUAAGGCCUGUGCCACCCCAGUCUUCUAAACCUGCAGAAGAAGAUAAGGAGAACUAUGUCUUUUCUCAGCUUCUCGCAGAUCUUUCAGAGGUUUGCAACUCUAUGCAGAAAGAAGGUUGGGAGAAAGAGGAUGAGACACUUGAAGCUGUGAUGGAUAAGGCAACACCAGUACAAAGAAGGAUCUAUUCAGUACCUUUGGAGCUGCUGGAAGAAUCAGAAGAGGAAGAUGUUUCAGUUGAAAAGAACUUGCAUGUUAAAACUUGCAAGAGCAAAAUAAAGCCAGUGCCUCCAAAGAUGAUGAAAAGUGGAAAAGAUGAGUCCACCAUUUCAGAAGUGGGUGAGAAUGAAGGUGAUCAUGUUACCCAGACAGAGUCUGCUUUCAAAAAAGACACUCUUGCUAAAGCCAGAGAUGAACUGGCAGAAGAGGUUGCAAAAGCAGUGAUGUCUGAGUCACCUCAGAGUGCUGAUGGAAAAGGAAUGGCAUUAGAUGAUCUCAUUAGCUCACUGGCUUUCAACCCAUUUUUAACAAGGAAACAAAUUCCUCGAACUCCAGAGAAUCUACUUACUAAAACUCAAAGCUCGUGGAGAAAAGCUCUUCAGACUGGUGGCUCAUCAGACACAGAGCUGGCCCCAGAUGAGGUAACAACAGAAGCAGCUGCAAUGGAUGCUACACCAGACUCCAGACUUGUGUGUUCUGUCGCUGCAACUCCUGUACCUGACUUUGCUCCAUUGCCAGAAAAGAAGUCUCUGUUACAUACCACAGACCUUAGACAUCCAGAGCAGAUGAGGAGGCACAUCACUGAAUCUCCGGUUUUGGAAACAUCUGGAAUGUGGGAGAGUGAGAGGACAGAAGCACAGGAAUUAAAAUUUAUUUUGAACAAAAGUCCUGUAGAAGAUAAAAAUGAACAGAUCAGCAUGGAUACUCUGAGCAUUUAUUUGCAGGACAAUGGUGGGAGAAGUGUUUCAUCUCCAGGUGACUUUCAAGGUUCCUUAGUGGAUCGGAUACUGCACAGCAAGGUAUCAGCCUUACUUGUCAAUCAGAUAAUGGAUGAG